AUGGUCGAGGUGCGCGCCGCCCAGCGGACGUUCGAAGGAGCCUACAUCCGCACCUCGAUCUCGCAGUUCUCCUUUGCCCUGAUCAUUCUCAAGAUCUUCACGGCCGAGUUCUACAGCAUCGGAGCGCUGUUUGCGGUCUACGGGGCCGGCGUGAUGACCAUCGGCCUGUUCAGGAGGCAGCAGGGCAACAGGCAGUUCUUCUCCGAGGUCGACGAGGACGGCGUCCAGCGACGGAAGUUCAGGACAAGCGGGAACGUCGUCGUCGUGCUGACCGCGCUGAGCAUCGCGGCGUAUGUGUGUUUGCUUGCCUUGACGCUGAACCUGGACGUGUAA